AGGACCUCAGGGAUUCACCCCCCUCAGGCUCCCAGCACUGCCGGCUGGGGCUGCAUAUCACAGCUGGACUUUGUAACGGUCCUUAGAGCUCGAGCAGAGCCUGGCAACCUUUCCACAGCGUUUAUUGCCCUUCUUAGAAAGAACCUGGCAGCAGUGAAAUGCAAAGUGCCAAGGACGGGAACUGGGUGCAGGAUGGGAACUGAGUUCAUGGGUAGGGCUCUGCUGGCCCCAGAGCUGCGCCCCCCUCAGACGCCCCCAGGUGGUGUCUGUGCCCGCUCUGUGCGCGCCUCGUUCCUUGUGCGCAGCUGGACAGCAAAGCUCACAUCUCCAGCUGGACCUGGGUGUCCUCAGUCAAAUCCUGCCUCGCAGAGGUCCCAGCUCGUCUGUGCUCGUGGAUGGGGUCCCUCAAACUGCGACCUUUCCACGUGGCUGAGACGCACCGGGACACGGGGGGACGCUCCGUGGUGCUGAGCUCGAUGCUCUCGGUUUUAAUGGGAAGAAUUCGACAACCAAAGGGAGCUUUGCUCGGCCCGGCACACGGCGGCUGUGCGAUCUUCGCCGGCUGCAGCGCCCACGGGCCGACCCUGCGCCCCACAAGGGGGAAACUGAGGCACAGCAUCCCCUGAGCUGAGACCCCCGAUGGGGGCGGGGGGACAGGGCGGGUCACGCCCCUCUAUGUAAAUAUGGAGCCGUCGAUUGGUCGCGGGGCGGGACGGCGGCCACACGUAGGAUAUAAGAGAGGGGGGAACAAUGCGCCGCGUCCCGGCUCUGAGCUGCCGCCGCCACCCGCAGCGCCGGGAGAGGUAACGCGGGGCGCCUGGAGGGGGCGAGGAGGAGGAGGGGGAGGUGGCUGCCCCCGGCCCCGCCGCCUCCAGGCUGUGCCCCCCAUGCGGCCAUGGAGCGGGACGCGUACCAACAUUACUUCUACGACCAUGAGGCGGGGGAGGAUUUCCACCGCUCCACGGCUCCCAGCGAGGACAUCUGGAAGAAGUUCGAGCUCGUCCCCACGCCGCCUCUCUCGCCCCUCGGGGAGCGGCCGGGCUGCUCGGCGGCGGAGGAGCGGGGCUGCCCCCCGCGCUGCUGCCUGCCCGACGAACCCGAGUAUCUCAUCGGCACCGGGCAGCUCUUCGGCAACCUGAGCGCCUUCAUUCUGCGGGACUGCAUGUGGAGCGGCUUCUCGGCCCGGGAACGGCUGGAAAAAGCGAUGACGGAGAAACUUUCCACGGGAACUCCGCGGGCAGCGCCGCACAAACCGUCCUUAGGCCCCGAUCUGGGCUUCGGCAGCUCCGUGAGCGACUGUGUCGACCCCGCCGCCGUGUUCCUGUGCCCCCUGGCCGAGAGCAAAGCGACCCCGUCCUCGGGCUCGGAGGGUCAAAGCGAUUCCGAGGGCGAAGAGAUCGAUGUGGUGACGGUGGAGAAGAGACAAUCUCUCAGCCUGCGGAAGCCGGUCACCAUCACUCUGCGCGCCGACCCCCUGGACCCCUGCAUGAAGCGCUUCCACAUCUCCAUCCACCAGCAGCAGCACAACUACGCUGCCCGCUCUCCGCCGGACAGCUGCCCCCAGCCCACAUCCCCGCAGCGGGACGAGGAGGAGCCGCUCGGUGCUGUGGAGCCGCCCCCCUCCCACGCGCUGCCUGAGCCCGGUUUGCCAAAAGCCGGCCCCGGUUCUGACAGCGAAGACGUGGCCAAGAGGAAAAACCACAACUACCUGGAGCGCAAGCGGCGCAACGACCUGCGCUCCCGCUUCCUGGCGCUGCGGGACCAGGUGCCCGGGCUGUCCAGCUGCCCCAAGACCCCCAAAGUGGUGAUCCUGAGCAAGUCCUCCGAGUACCUGCAGUCGCUCAUCAGUGCUGAGCGGAGGAUGGCAGCCGAGAAGCGGCAGCUGCGGCUGCGGCAGAUGCAGCUGCUCAGACAGAUUGCUCAGCUCAAGGGGCACUAGCACGGACCUGCCUGCACCCACAGCCCCAUUCCCUCUCGAUUUGCACAUUUGGAUUCUUGGUUGUUGAACCCUUGCUGCCAGGGGUGGCGGUUGUCGCAAAGCUCGGUGACUUCAGCUCACUCCAUCCUGCCCUGCUGGGCGUCCUGCAGCUGUUACCCACCCACAGCACUGCCAGGAGCUGCCCCACGCCUCCAUCCCGCAGGACGUUCCCAUCAACAGCUUCAGUGGGUCACACUGUGGUUCAUGUUUGGAUGGAUCAUAGCAGGGGCAGCAAUGGGGAUGCGUGACCCCGAGCUGGGCACUGUCCUGCAGCAAUGCCCUGCUCCCUCGGCUCGGUGAGGCUGUACCUCACUUUCUUACCACUUCAUGCAGCAGCUUGUCUUGGAUUUUGUGUUCUAGAAACUGCUGCUGUAACUGUGAGUCUUAUACUAGAGGCUGUGUUUUUAUACUGUAUUUUUGUACCACUUUUUGAGAAGUAUUGGUAAAGAGUUUGCUUUUUUAUAUAAGGAAAACUUUUUUUUUUUUUUUGGAGGGUGUGGGGGGCUUCUGCUGCCGGAGGCUCCAUCCUGCUGCACUUUAGGGAGAUCAGGAAGGGGCUGAUUCCUGCUGGACCCUUGAGCUGAGCCCUGGCAGAGGCUGGUUCCCACCUCGCAGCUCUCCACCCCACCCGUCUGCAAUAACAGGGGUUCUCCUUGUUUCCCCCCAGUCCUGCUGCCUCCCCUUUGCCCACAGCUGCCUGGAGCCCCCAGCAGAGCUUCAGGUGGAGCAGGAUUUGGGCUGCAGGGAACACCCUGAGGUGCUGGCUGGGAUGGCUCUGCUGACCUGCUGAGAACCGUUAGUUAACACUGUGGUCGGAUUUAGCACUUUCUUCAUUACCUCACACUUCAUAAAUAAAUAAGUUGCAAAGACAGCCCGGGUUGGCUUUUUCCAUG